GGACGAGUUGUGAGAAUAUUACGUGUUUUGCGAUCACUAGUGAUGAGCACUAGUGUUGAGCGCAUGAGUUGUGACCGAAAUAAGUGGUGAAUUGUGUUCACAAUUGUGUCGACGACUGACCGCAGAGUGAGUGGGACUCGAGUGGACACGAGUUGUGAUCGCAUUCUCUGGUGUUGUUGUCGUCUAUGAAGUGAUGGACAAAACACUGCAUUCACUCAACACUCAAACCGCAAACCAUUCAAUGUUUCAAUCAUUUAAACUUUGAUUACAUUUGUAAAUCACAUAAACAUUGUGUGCAUUGAAUGCCAUUUCCAGCCGAUUAUUGGCUACAAAAACGUGUUUAUUGUUAUAAUUUGUUAAUAAUUCGUUGAUUUUAAUCAAAAUCUAAUCAAAAUUGAGUUGAAUUAUGUCUAAAGACUUCAACGAAGCCUUGGAUGACAUCAAUUUCGCUGAACAGAGACGUCACCGACAGAUGGGUUUCACACGAGGCUAUUCAGUGGGAGAAGAGGCCGGUUGGAGGGAUGGCUACGUCUUCGGCAUUAGGAAAGGGUCGCAGAUAUCGGCCGAAAUCGGUUACUAUCAGGGAUUCACAAACGCCUGGAUUGCGAUCCUCGAGAAGGAGGACAUUCAUAAACAACGAAAACUGACGGCUUUGCGGACUCUCUUAGAUAUGACCCGAAAUUUCCCCAAAACCAAUCUCUUAGAGGACGACACGAUCCAGAAGUUGGGUAGAGUUCGGGCCAAAUUCAAACAAUGCGCGGCUCUAAUCACGAGCACCGGUGGCGCCGACUCCGGCAGCUUUGGUGGCAGCAGUUGGACAUCGAUGGACUCGGGUCAGGGCACCUACUCGGGCACCUAUUCGGCCGCCGGCUCAUCGGUGAGGGGCCCGUCGCCCAACCCCUCCACCAGCUCUAAAGGCGGCGAAAUGUCUUUUUAAAACCACUUUUUAGUCUUAUUUUUAGAUAAAUUAAUGACAAAAUCGCAAAACUCAUGAAC